AUGGAAGAGCAAGGAAGUGACGCCGAGGAGAAGGAGGAAAAGGAAACUGAUGAAAUUGACAAUGACGAGGGUGAAAAGAAUGAAGGUGAAGAAGAAAAUGAGCCUAACGAGCGCGAGGAAACUGUUUAUAAACGCAAUGAAGAAAUCCGCCAUGAGGAGAGUGCUGGGGAGGGGGAAAACAUUCGAGAAGGAGAAGAGAUCGAGGACAAUGAGGCAGAUAAGGUUCCAGACAAUCAUGAAGGACAAGAAGUUGAAGGAAAUCUCCGAAACGAAGAAGAACUCGAUCAAGUUAUAAAUGAUGAUAAUGCCCGAACUGAGGAGUCCACCCCAAUCCCUACAUCUGCAGAAGACAUGAUUCUCGAUUAA